UCCCAUCCACAACUUUUUUUGUUGUUGAGUGAUGUAUACCGGGAGUAUCAAUUACAUUGUUAUUACCGUUGGCUGUUCGAAAGAUGUGGUCGCAAGAUAAUGCACUGUUAUAAGAGCAUGCACACAAAAGAAGGGCAGGUACUGCGUUAAACCACCACCAUGCAACUACAACCACCACUACUACUACUACUACUAUCAUUAUCAUUGAUAGAACCUAUGCACAAGAGUUUCCUAUACGAGAAAAGCGAUAGCCAUCGAUGGUUGUUGUGCAACUAUGCUUGUCUAAUUUGGAUUUACUACAAAAUAGAUAUACCUUAGCGAAAAUAAAAGGUGGGGUAUCUAGAUACUACUCAGAUGUAGUAUAUAUAAAGGACGAAGGGCCAAGCCCUACGAUUUAUUUCCUUUGCACCAUCCAAUACUCUAUUUCUCUCUCAUCAUUCGCGAUGAACUCAUCGUUGCCAAAAUCACGCUCCGAAAGGAGUGACUUUAGUAUAGCACGAAUUUUGGCUAACGAUCAUGACGUAUCUAAGGAUAUAGUAACAUCUAAAGAUUUAAAUAAUUGUGUCGAUGUCGUUGUUAAUCAAUUACAUGAUCAAAGCAUGAAAUUUCGUCGAGAGAAUGACGAUGAUAUUAAAAAAGUAUCCAAUCUUGUUAGUAGUCGUGAUUUUGAUUUAAGACCGAUUGAUCAACUCGCAAGGAAUAUUAACGAAAAAGAAGAUAACGAUGAUGAUGGAUCUAAUGUAAUACAGGAAUCUAUUGCGCAGUCGCGUUCGAUCAACACAAAAUACGAAGAUGACGUUAGAAGAGAAGAAGUCGCAGCAUCUAAUGAGAAAAAUCAAAGAAACGAAUUAACUUGGCUACAAUAUACGAGAUAUAAACCGCCUAAAUUACCUAGAAGAAGCUUCACUGGUAAAAAUACUAAAAGACGACCCGGAAUUCAUCCACGCAUACCGUUCUCUUCGUUUCAGCUUCGAGUUCUUGAGGAAAAGUAUAAAGAAAAUGCUUAUCUGUCAAGGGGAGACGCGUAUGAUAUAUCAACUGAAUUGAGACUUCCUGAAAGUAGAGUAAAAAUCUGGUUUCAAAAUCGCCGUGCACGGGAUAGGCGAGAAUCUAAUAAUGUUAUGGCAAUUACGUAAUAAAAGAUCUUGGAAUUAUGAUAUGCAAUAACAACGAUGCGAUGAAGAAUAAUGGGAGAAAAUAAGUAAACUAAUAAUAUAAUUGUUUACAUAAAUGCCAUAAACUUGUCCGUUGUACAUAAAGUUCAUAACGUCUUAGAAAGUACAAAUAUUAUUUAAAAUGGAUGUUGAUUAAUUUUAUUAAAUUAACUUGUAAACUUAUAUUUUUGUAUACUUUAAUAUCAGAGGAAAUAUUUUCAAAAAUUAUUUAUUAUAACAUCAUGUUAUAUAAGAUAAAACAAG